AUGUUCGAUAACCCUCCAGGGCCGAACUCGGCUCUCCAUGCGCAACAUGGUCACGACGAUGAGGUUCCAUCUUUGAACCAAAAGGGCGAGUUUGUCGCCAUCGGCUCAACAUCCUACGUUGAGCGCUUACCCAACGGUAUCAUCAUCAAGACAGCCUGGCCCGGCGGCGACCGCGCCCAACAGCGACGCCGCGAGAUCGCCACAGAGGCCGAGAUAUACGAUCGUCUUGGUGAACAUCCUUGUUUAGUGAAAAAGAAGGCCUGGGAUCCAGACGAACACACCUUGACCCUGGAAGGUAUGCCCAACGGAACGCUCAAAGGCUAUCUCGAGUCCCACGCGGACGUGCCUCUGGAACAGCGCAAAAAAUGGGCAAUCGAAGCUGUUGAGUGCGUACAGUUACUGCACAACUCGGGUGUUAUUCAUUGCGACAUUGGGCCACACAACUUCCUCCUGGACGACCGUCUUCGUCUUAAAAUCAUCGACUUUUCUGGGUCCUCCGUCGACGGCUCUCGCACUGAGAUCAGCCCCGGCACUCGAUACGCAGCCCCCACGCUGAGCCGCUCUUUGCAGUGGACCCCGACAGUCAAAGCCGACCUCUUCAGUCUAGGUUCAACGAUAUACUGCACUAUGACGGGCAAACCUCCGUUUGAGGAGUUUCAGAGUGAAGAUGUUCAGAAGAUGUAUAGCAACCAAGAAUUCCCCGACUUGGCUGACAUACCCUAUGGAGAUCUCAUCCGAGGCUGUUGGUCUCAGGACUUUGAGUCGGUGGACGGGCUGGUUCCUCGCUUGGACGUCUGA